AUGCAUCUCUCGGGCCAGGACGGCACUGAUGGGAACCAACUGAACAAGCAGCCGUCUGACAAGGACAACUGGGACUGGGAUUUCCUGGGGACAUCGAAACCCAGUUCUGGCCCAGGGAAGAUGCCCGUGAAACAUGGCACUGAGCGCAGCUCUGAGACAACAGCAGAACAGAGCAGCAGGAAAGAGCUGCCCCCACGCCAGACGCCCCUGCGCACCGUGGCCCCGGUCCAGAGGAGGAAGACGUCGAUGUUCGAAGAUGCUGAAGGCGACGACCUGUUGGAUGUGCUGAGACGUGGCAAAGGCCCAAAAAAAGAAGAGGAGCUCCGGCCAGCGCGCUCCACGCUGGACGACUUGUUCGGACGAGGCUCCGCGGCCAAAGUCCUGGAAAAGCCAGAGGAGGAAGAGCGCGGGGACAAGAAGGAGCUUGUCUUCGGAGAGUACAAGCCCUCGAUGGGCUCCAGGCCCGCGGUCCAGCCGGCGAUGGGGCAGUUGGUGAGGUUUUCUGCCAACAGCAGCAGCGAAACAAACCCAGAGCCCCGCUCCACACCUCGUCCUCCCCGCAGACGGAAUCCCGUGCGGAGGAGAAGGGCCGGAGACGACUGGCUGGGCUGGGAGGAUGAGGAUUUCAUGGACCCCGCCAGCCAGCUCGGGGCUGCAGAGGAGGCAGCACCUAAACCCGACCCAAUGGACUGGCUGAUCGAUGCCUUGGCUCGCAGGAGAGCCGAAGAACAGGCCAAGGCACAGGAGACAAAGGCCGAGCCCACGGAGACCCAGGAGAAGAAAGCCAAGCCCUCAGAGACUGAGGAGAAAAAGGCCGAGCCCUCGGAGGCCCAAGAGAAAAAGAACGAACCCUCAGAGGCCCAAGACACAACGGCCGAGCCCUCAGAGACCGCGGGCGAAGGGCCGGGUCCCCGCUCUCCCGGCAGCCAGCUGGCCGCCUCCCCAGCAGCAUCGGACUGUCGGGCAGAGCUGCUGAGCGCCCAGGCCCACGUGGCAGAGCUGGAGAGCCAGGAGAGCCCCAGCGCCUGCUGGAUGGGGGCCAUGGGUGACCCGGGGGAGGAGAAGGGGCCGUGUCUGCUCCAAACAGCAUCAGGGUGA